CUUUUGGGGGCGCUGACGUCACAUGUAAACAGCUGCCCAUGGCCUUGAAGCGGUGCAGCCAUGAUCCAACUCAAAAACCGGGUUAGAUACAGCGCGCCAGGUGUAGCGGCAGCCCGCCUCUUCUCCUCUGGGCCCUCCAGGAACCCGCUGGUGUUUUUGGACAUCGAAGCCGACAGCGAGCCUCUCGGAAGGAUCGUUAUCGAGCUGAAUGCUGAUGUCGUGCCCAAAACCGCUGAAAACUGCAGAGCUCUGUGCACAGGAGAGUAUGGCUUUGGGUACAAAGGCUGCGUGUUCCACAGGAUUUUACCUGAGUUCAUGUGUCAGGGAGGAGAUUUCACCCACAACAACGGCACAGGAGGGAAAUCCAUUUAUGGGAAAACCUUCAAGGAUGAGAACUUCAAAUUAAAACACACCGGUCCCGGAACCCUUUCAAUGGCUAACUCAGGACCUAACACCAACGCCUCACAGUUUUUCAUCUGUACGACUAAGACAGAGUGGCUUGAUGGCAAACAUGUGGUGUUCGGGCAGGUGAAGGAGGGCAUGGAAGUGGUCACCAAGAUGGAGUCCUUCGGUUUGCACGACGGGGGAGUGCUGAAGAAAGUAGUUAUUGUUGAUUGUGGGGAGUUAAAAUAACCCUUGGGGCCAAUUAUCAAUGCAAAACUGUAAAAAUAUUGCUACUUUCCCUGUCUUCCAUUACAUAUUUAUGCAAUUUUUACAUUGAAAAUCAGAAAAGAGGUCAAAAAACGUAUUGUGUUGCGAUAAAAUUAAGCAUAUAAAGUAAAAAAAACGACUUGUUUUAUGAAUAAAAACAAAAUUUAUACAUACGUCAGAACCGUUAAAAACACAUGCAUAUUUUAAAUCCCUUUGUGAGAUUUAGUUUUUUUAUUUUAUUGGCAAAAAGAGGGCCAAUUUUUUUAGCUAUGCAAACCCUACAUUUUUUCACAAAUGCUUAAAAGAUCAUUUAUCAUCCAAAAAAGAUGUUAAGGACAAUUUCCUGUAGGUUUUAUGGGUUGUAGCAGAUCACAAUUCAUUAAUUUAUAAUUAGAUUUGCUUAAAACAGUGUUAUAAUGGAAAGGAAUGUGACACCGCACUGUUUUACAACACCCGUUUUCAAAGAAAAACAUUUGGGAGUUAUUGUACAGUGUUUUUCAUUACAAAAUCUGUUUUUCUACAGUUAUGCAAGUGAUUUAUGCUUCACAGACUAAUGCACCACCCAGAAACACUUUUUUUUCUGGAAUUCCAUGCAACAGUUGUUAAAUAAAUGUUAUAUUUUGUUACAUCA